CCCGCCAGCCUCACUUCAUCCCUCUGCAAACCCAGAUAGGGGCAGAGCCUGGGUAGGAGAGCCUGGCCCUGCUGUCCCCACCGGACGGAGGCACCAUGCACCCGGUCCACUUGUGCUCUUCAGCCAGGACACCAGACAUGGUCCAAACCCCUGCAGGACUGGCUGCAGCAACUCCCUGACACUCAGGAAGGCCCAGGCUGGGCAGGCAAUACCUACCUGCUCCCAGCAGCCAUCUCCCAGGAAGGACCCUGUUGCUAGUGUGGAGCAGACGAGUCAAGUUUAUGGGCUGGAAGUCCUACCCAGAGGCUGCUUACUGAGCUGUGAUGGCUACAAGGACAGAUGGGGGGAAGGGCUCAGGGUGCCCAAGACCUGGCCCGAUGGAGCCUGUCACCUGAUGGCCGGAGACCACUACACACCAGCCGGCCUGGGCCUUUCUUUCAGUUCAUUUAGGGGCCUCCCCUGUGGAGGCAGGGAUACACAAAAUGCCUUGGGGCUGGAUAGGCCUGCCUUUCAGUCUAAACAGAAGCCUAAACACAGCUGCCCAGAAGAGGCAGAUAACAGAAACGGAUAAAGCUGGCCGGGCAUGGUGGCUCACGCCUGUAAUCCCAGCACUUUGGGAGGCAGAGGUGGGCGGAUCACAUGAGGUCAGGAGUUCGAGAUCAGCCCUACCAACAUGGAGAAACCCCAUUUCUACUGAAAAUACGAAAUUAGCCAGGCGUGGUGGCACAUGCCUGUAAUCCAAGCUACUGGGGAGGCUGAGGCAGAAGAAUCGCCUAAACCCAGGAGGCAGAGGUUGCAGUGAGCCAAGAUCAUGCCAUUGCACUCCAGCCUGGGCAACAAGAGCAAAACUCAAAAAAAAAAAAAAAGAAAUGGAUAAAGCUGGCUGGGUGGGGACUAUCCGAGGGGCAGCCACCAGUGAGCUCUGCUAUGUAGGACAUAUGUAUUGCCAGAUCUUUCAAUAGCAACCAGAUAGGAGGUUUGGUUUUGUUUUGUUUUGUUUUGAGACGGAGUUUCGCUCGUUACCCAGGCUGGAGUGCAAUGGCGCAAUCUUGGCUCACCGCAACCUCCACCUCCCAGGUUCAGGCAAUUCUCCUGCCUCAGCAUCCUGAGUAGCUGGGAUUACAGGCACGCGCCACUGUGCCCAGCUAAUUUUUUGUAUUAUUAGUAGAGACGGGGUUUCACCAUGUUGACCAGAAUGGUCUCGAUCUCUUGACCUCAUGAUCCACCCGCCUUGGCCUCCCAAAGUGCUGGUGUUACAGGUGUGAGCCACUGCGCCUGGCAGGAGUUUUUUAUAUAAAUGCUUAAUUGGCUAUUAAUUGAAAACUUCUAUGUAUCAGCAAACAUGAUAGAGCCCACAGCCUGUGGGUCUGUGCCCCUGGAUUAACGUGCAGCCCUGCCAGGAAGCCAUAACCUGCAGUCCCAUCCUAACUCUGGCCACUCCAUCCUCCAGGCAUGCCAGCUGCUGCUCCAAGACUCUCCUGUCCCCAGGACCAAGAUGAUGCCCAACAACACGGGGGAGGUGCCCAGCUCCAUUCCCAAAGGGGUUCUGGGGCUCUCCCUCACCCUGGCAAGCCUCAUAGUCACUGCGAACCUGCUCCUGGCUCUGGGCAUUGCCUGGGACCGCCGCCUGCGCAGCCCACCUGCUGGCUGCUUCUUCCUGAGCCUGCUGCUGGCUGGGCUGCUCACGGGUCUGGCAUUGCCCACGUUGCCAGGGCUGUGGAGCCAGAGUCACCGGGGUUACUGGUCCUGCCUUCUCCUCUACUUGGCUCCCAACUUCUCCUUCCUCUCUCUGCUUGCCAACCUCCUGCUGGUGCACAGGGAGCGCUACAUGACAGUCCUGAGGCCACUCCGGCCCCCUGGGAGCACACGGCUGGCCCUGCUCCUCACCUGGGCAGGCCCCCUGCUCUUUGCCAGUCUGCCGGCUCUGGGGUGGAACCACUGGACCCCUGGUGCCAACUGCAGCUCCCAGGCUAUCUUCCCAGCCCCCUACCUCUACCUUGAAAUCUACGGGCUCCUCCUGCCCGCCGUGGGUGCUGCCGCCUUCCUCUCUGUCCGUGUGCUGGCCACUGCCCACCGCCAGCUGCAGGACAUACAGCGGCUAGAGCGGGCAGUGUGCCGUGAUGCACCCUCGGCCCUGGCCCGGGCCCUCACCUGGAGGCAGGCAAGGGCACAGGCUGGAGCCAUGCUGCUCUUUGGGCUGUGCUGGGGGCCCUAUGUGGCCACGCUGCUCCUCUCAGUCCUGGCCUACGAGCAGCGCCUGCCGCUUGGGCCUGGAACUCUGUUGUCCCUCCUCUCCCUGGGAAGUGCCAGUGCAGCGGCUGUGCCUGUGGCCAUGGGGCUGGGCGACCAACGCUACACAGCCCCCUGGAGGGCAGCUGCCCAAAGGUGCCUGCAGAGCCUUUGGGGAAGAGCCUCCCGGGACAGUCCCAGCCCUAGCACUGCCUAUCAUGCAAGCAGCCACAGCAGCAUCGACCUGGACUUGAACUAAAGGAAGGGCCUCUGCUGACUCCUACUAGAGCAUCCGUCCAUCCGAGCCACCCAGCCUGUCUCCACGUCUCAGGAUCAGAGCCCCUGCCUCUGUUUGACCCCACACUGACUGAAUAAAACUCCUCUGGCCGUU